AUGAGAGCCCCUAUGCUCUGGCUCAUCACCUUCUUCACCAUCACUGAGGACAGCGAAGGCUUCUUGGGGAGAAAUAUUAGUCUCAGAUUGAAAAGAGAAUUCAUCAUGAAUAAGAAAAAACAUCCUGGCCCUGCUCGGGAAUACGAGUUAUUGCUUCAGGUGACCUAUAGAGAUUCCAAAGAGAAAAAAGAUUUGAUGAACUUUCUGAAGCUCUUGAAACCUCCAUCAUUAUGCCUACACGGGUCAAUGAAGGUGAUCAGGGCAAAAGCCACCACAUAUUGUGGCAACCAGGAUGGAGUUCUACAAUGUGCCUGUGAAGAUGGCUAUACCUGGUUUCCCAUCUCAUGCCUUGAUCCCCAGAAAUGCUCCUUUCACACAACUGGAUCACACCAGAGCUGCACCUGUCAACUCAACAACCUCACCCAAAGUGUUAACUUCUGUGAGAGAGCAAAGGUGUGGGGCACUUUCAAAAUUAAUGAAAGAUUUACAAAAAACCUUUUGAAUUCAUCCUCUGCUAUAUACUUCAAAUACAAAACUGGAAUUGAAACUAAGCUUAAGGAAGUGUACAACAGAAUUCAAGGUUUUGAAUCAGUUCGUGUCUCCCAGUUUCGGGGUGACAGCAGCAUUAGUGCCGGGUAUGAAGUUGUGGGAUCCACCAGCACCUCUGAGCUGCUGUCAGCCAUUGAACAGGUGGCCGAAGAGGCAAAGGAAGCUCUCCACAAGCUGUUUCCACUAGAAGCUGACUCUUUCCAGGUGUUCAGGAAAGCCCAGUGUAACAGCAUUGUCUUUGGAUUCGGGUCUCAGAAUGACGAGUACACUCUUCCCUGUAGCAGUGGCUAUACAGGAAUCAUCACAGUCACAUGCCAGCCCUCUGGGUGGCAGAUCAUCAAGGAGACCUGUGUGCUCUCUCAACUUGAAGAACUGAAGGAGAAUUUUAGUGUGAUAGCAGGCACUGUCACUGAGGCAGCGAUGUCAUCUUUGGUGCGAAACCUCUCGGUGGUCAUUCAGCAAAGCCCAGCAACCACAGCUGGGGACCUGGCUUCAGUGGUAUCAAUUCUGGGCAAUGUUUCAUCCCUGUCAAUGGCGAGUCUUCUCAACGUGUCCAAUACAACCAUGGAGGACAUCAUUAAUAUAGCUGAUCAUAUCCUUAAUUCAACAUCAGUAACAAAUUGGACAGUAUUACUGCAGGAAGAAAAGUAUGCCAGCUCACAGUUACUCGAGACAUUGGAAAACAUCAGUAUUCUGGUGCACCCAACGGCACUGCCUCUGAAUUUUUCUCGGAAAUUCAUUAACUGGAAAGGGAUUCCCGUGACUGAAAGCCAGUUUAGGGAAGGUUACAGCUAUCAGACUGAAGUAUACAAAAAUACUUCUGCUCCCAUCAGAGGACAUGUGUUAAUUGGGUCAGAUCAAUUCCAGAGAUCCCGUCCAACAAGUAUUAUCAGCAUGGCCUCAUUGACCUUGGGUGACAUUCUACCCAUUACCCAAAUCGGAAAUGUUCAGGUCAACGGGCCUGUGAUAUCCACAAUUAUCCAGAACUUUUCCAUAAAUGAAGUUUUUCUGAGUUUUUCCAAGAUCCAGUCAAAUCUGAGCCAGCCUCACUGUGUGUUUUGGGAUUUCAGUCACUUGAAGUGGAACAGUGCAGGAUGCCACUUCGUGAAUGAAACCCAAGACACAGUGCUGUGCCGAUGUACACACCUGACCUCCUUCUCCAUACUGAUGUCACCCUUUGUCCCCCCUGCAAUUAUCCCUGCUGUGAAAUGGAUCACCUUUAUAGGACUGGGUAUCUCCAUUGGAAGUCUCCUUCUAUGCCUGAUCCUUGAGGCUGUGUUUUGGAAACAGUUCAAGAAAAGCCAAACGUCGUACACGCGUCAUAUUUGCAUGGUGAAUAUAGCCCUCUGCCUCCUGAUCGCAGAUCUCUGGUUUAUUGUUGCUGUCACCGUGGAUAUCACAGCAACCCCCGCUGGAGUCUGCAUCGCUGCUGUGUUCUUCACACAUUUGUUCUACCUCUCCUCGUUCUUCUGGAUGCUUAUGCUGGGCAUCCUGUUGGCAUAUCGGAUUGUUCUGGUGUUCCAUCACCUGGCCAUGCCCUGGAUGAUGGCUGCUGGAUUCUGCCUGGGCUAUGCGUGCCCUCUCCUGAUAGCAGUCAUCACCAUUGCAGUCACACAGCCUAGCAAUGAGUACAGAAGCAAAGAUGCAUGCUGGCUCAACUGGUCGGAGGAGAGCAAACCUCUUCUGGCUUUCGCCGCUCCUGUGCUGACUAUUGUGGCUGUGAAUUUGGCAGUGGUGCUGCUGGUUCUCACAAAACUAUGGAGACCUGCUGUGGGAGAGAAACUGAGUCAAGAUGACAGGGCCACGGUUAUCCGCAUGGGCAAGAGCCUCCUCAUUCUGACCCCUCUGUUGGGGCUCACUUGGGGCUUUGGCAUUGGGACGAUGGUGGACAGCCAGAAUCUGGCCUGGCAUGUUAUUUUUGCAUUACUCAAUGCAUUCCAGGGUUUUUUCAUCUUAUGUUUUGGAAUGCUCUUGGACAAUAAGCUACGACAAUUGCUAUUCAACAAGUUGUCCCCUUUAAGCUCUUUGAAACAAUCAUCAAAGCAAAACUCCUCAGAUUUAUCUGACAACUCCAAAUUUACAAAGCCUUUCAAACCUUUGCAACACAAAGGCGCUUAUGCAUUUUCUCAUACUGGAGAUUCCAUGAAUGAUAUAAUACUGACUCAGUUUUUAUCAAGUGAAUGA